AUGACUGAGCUUCUGGCUGAACAAAUUUCACUGCAAGGAAGAAUUGCACGUUCUUUUAGUAAUUUCAAAAAAGAUGGUGCUGCAAAGAUGAUGCUCAAUAAAUGUAAAACUAGAUCGGAUAAUUUGGAUAAAACUUGGACUAGGUUUGAAACAAAUCAUUACCUAAUUAUUAAUGAUAAUUCUGAUGCGAUAAAGGAGUCCAGUUAUAUUUUGGAUAAAGUUUUUGAGGAAACGGAGGAGAUAUAUUUGGAUAUCAAGGCAGAGUUUAAGACAUUUUUGGAUUCUUUAAUGAAACAAAAUACUAUACCGGGUGUUGCACAAGGUGUUUCGGAAGAUUUCGAGAGGUUGCCACGUAUUUCUAUACCCAAGUUUAAAGGUGAUUUCUGUCAGUGGGAAUCAUUUAGAGAUUUAUUUACAUCACUGGUGAUAGAAAAGCCAAAUAAUUCAAAUGUUACUAAACUUCAUCAUUUGAAAACUAGUUUAGAAGGUGAUGCCGCAAGAACUAUCAGUUCUUUUGCCAUAAGAGCGGAAAAUUUUGAUAUUGCUUGGAAAAAACUCAAUGAAAGAUAUGAAAACAAACGGCGAUUGGAAGUAUCAUCAAAUGCUCAAGAUAAGACCGAAGUUCAUGAACAAAAUGCUCAUUUUGCCGUGAAUUCGUCUGCCAAUGUUAGUAAGGUAACCCAUAUGGUUUUGCUGACAACUGCUGUCGUAAAAAUAAUUUCCGACAAGGAUAAAAUAGGUUUGGUGCGGGCCUUGAUCGAUCAAGGCUCACAGUCUUCUUUUAUAACUGAGUCCUUGUUGCAAAGAUUGAAUCUAAGGUAUGAAAGAGUUUAUAUUCCGAUAACAGGAAUUUGUGCUAAGAAAAACUAUACCUGCAGAAAAAUGGUUCAUAUCUCGUUGAAGCCCAGAUUUGAUUCUGAGUUCUGUGUUGAGGUAAGGGCUUUCGUUCUCCCCAAAAUAGCUUCAUAUUCUCCUCGCUUGAAUACUGAUCUCAACGAUUAUGAUCAUAUUCGAAAUCUGAAUUUGGCGGAUCCCAAAUUCCACUCAAACGGUUCUAUCGAAUUAUUAUUGGGCGCAUCUGUUUAUGCUGAAAUUCUCGAGGGGACAAUCAUUCGUGGAAAGGUUGAUGAACCUAUUGCAAUUAAUACUAGUUUAGGAUGGCUAUUGUCUGGAAGCGUAGGCACUGUAGUGAACUUCAGUUUACCUUCGAUUCUACACGUUUCAGAACAUGAGGACAUUAAUGAAUUAUUGCAAAAAUUUUGGACACAGGAAGAAAUUUCUCUAGAAAACCUUCCUACGCCAAAUGAAGCUGAAAGCGAGAAUCAUUUCCUUACAACACAUUCACGAGAUUCAUUGGGUAGAUAUAUGGUCCGAUUGCCUUUCAAAACCGAAAAUCCGAGUGGUUUGGAGUUUCCUGGUUCUUUCGAAUUCGCAAGGAGAAUGCUUCUCAGUCUGGAAAAGAAGUUCGAGAGUAAUUUCGACUUCCGGAGAUUAUAUAUUGAUUUUAUGGUAGAUUAUGUGAAAUCUGGUCAUAUGAGAGAAGUUAAACUCAAUGAAGUUGAAAAGGUUAAAUAUUUUUUGCCCCAUCAUGGAGUUUUGAAAAAUGUAGGUAAUAACUUGAAGUUGAGAACGGUUUUCAAUGGUUCGGCUAGAGCCUUGAAUGGUUCAUCCUUGAAUGAUACUUUGAAUUCAGGUGCUAAUUUGCUGCCAGAUUUGUCAAGUUUGAUACUUCGCUGGAUGAAAUACCCGCUCGUUUUCGUUACUGAUGUUAAACAAAUGUUUCGUCAGAUCAGAGUUCAUUCUGAGGAUCAAUUUUAUCAGGCAAUUUUAUGGAGAUUUGAUCCUUCAGAAGAGAUUAAAAUAUGGUUGCUAGAAACAGUCACUUAUGGAUUAAUAUGUAGUCCAUAUUUGGCAAUUCGUGUUACUCGAAAAUUGGCUGAGGAUGAGUAUCACAACUUUCCAUUGGGUGCAGAAAUAUUGAAUAGGGAAAUGUUCAUGGAUGAUGCCACUUCAGGUGGUUAUACUUUGGAAGAAGCUCUCCGCAAACAAAUUGAACUCAUUAAUUUUUGCAAAGUGGGUGGCUUCGAGUUGCAUAAAUGGGUGGCGAAUGAUGCUAGAUUGCACAAAGAUUUGUCUGUACCUCAUGCCGAGGAUGAUACAGGUUUAAGCUUCAGUGUGUUAGGUCUUAAAUGGAAUGCCGGUGCUGAUUACUUCCAUUUUGAUAUUCAGACGCCUCCUAUAAUUUACGACGAGAUUUUCAUAACCAAAAGAUUUGUUUUAUCCAAGAUUGCUAAAUUGUUUGAUCCAUUGGGUUGGAUAGCUCCGGUCAUAAUCAAUUUCAAAAUAUUCAUUCAGAAACUUUGGUUGAACAAGUUCGAUUGGGACGAAGAGUUGCCUUCUGACUUAGCUAAACAAUUCAUUGAAUGCUUCAAUGAUCUGGGGUGUAUCAGUGAAGUGAAGAUUGAUAGAUGGCUGGGUUACAAGCCUGGAGCCCUAUCUUAUGAAAUUCAUGGAUUCGCAGAUGCUUCGAAGGUUGCUUAUGGGGCUGUUGUUUAUCUGCGCGUUAUUUAUGAUAAUCAAGUUAAUGUCCAUUUGCUUCAAGCGAAAACAAAAGUAGCUCCGUUAAAACCUCUACUCACGAUUCCUAGGUUGGAAUUGAGUGCUGCUGUUUUACUGGUCAAGUUGGUUCGCAAAGUUUGCGACGCUAUUGCCAUAGAGAAUUGUACUGUCAAUUUAUGGUCUGACUCGACUGAUGUCUUAUUUUGGCUACGAGAUCAUCCGUCUCGUUGGCCAACCUUCAUCGCGAAUCGUUGCUCAAUAGUUCACACGGUCAUGCCAUCAGCUGUUUGGAGGCAUGUUUCAUCGUCUGUUAAUCCUGCUGACUGUGCUUCAAGAGGUCUAAAGGCAAGCGAUUUAUGUGAUUUUGAAUUGUGGUGGAAGGGCCCUAAGUUUUUGAGGGAAUCUUUUGAGCCAUUUCAGAUUCCUAUCAAUAGUGAUCCUACUUCUGAUCCAGCAAUUGAAGUAAAUUGCUUAGUUCAUAGUGGGGAGCAAGAAGGGAAACAUGGUGUUUGGAAUUUAGUUGGUAGACGCGGCUCUUGUUCCGAUUUGUACAGCGACCAAGAUACAACAUUCGUUGGUGCUGAUAGAGAGUUAAGAGAUCUUUAUAAAAGAUCAUCACCAUUUGUAAACGAUCUAACUAAUAAAUUAGUAAAUGAAGGGACUAAGUGGCAUUUCAACCCUCCUGCGGCUCCCCAUUUCGGUGGUAUUUGGGAAGCUGCAGUGAAGUCAACUAAGCAUCAUUUGAGGAGGGUGAUUGGUGCUCAUAAACUAACUUUCGAGGAAUUUUAUACCUUGCUCACUCAGUACCAGAACCCUCUUACUUGA